AUGUGGCGGAGAGUCUACUUCUUCCUAAUCCUCGUGCGCACCUACUUUGCCCUGUCGCCGAGCUACUUGCACCCAGACGAGAACUUCCAGGGCCCUGAGGUCAUUGCCGGGCGCGUCUUCUCAUAUCCCGUCCACGAAACCUGGGAAUUCACCUCCGAGAACCCCAUUCGCAGCACAUUCCCGCUAUGGCUCGCAUACGGCUGGCCCAUGUACAUCUUGCGCUGGCUAUGGGAGGGCUUCGGAUAUGACGUCUCGCCGUCGGUCGUCUACUGGACACUACGUGUACUCAUGCUGUCGCUGAGUGUCGUCAUGGAGGACUGGGCCAUCCACGAGCUGGUCGCUUCGCCGCGUGCUCGUCGCGUUGCUGUCAUGCUCGUCGCAUCUUCCUAUGUAACCUGGACAUUCCAGACACAUACCUUCUCCAACAGCCUCGAGACGCUGCUGGUGCUCUGGAGUCUAGUGUUGAUACAGAGGAUAACGGACGACAAGAAGCGCUCCGGCAUCCUGGCCUCAUCCAUCCUCGGCUUCAUGGUCGUCGUGGGCAUCUUUAAUCGCAUCACCUUUCCAGCAUUCUUGCUUCUUCCUGCGACGACUUUGCUCCCUCACUUCCAGCGCAAGCCAUUCUCUUUGGUCUUCCUUGCUACAUUCGCUCUCUUCACGGCUUUCCUUGCUAUCUGCGUAGACACGGCGUUUUAUACCCCUGGCGAGUUUACCUUCUCAAAAGUCUUGAACAGCGCCGUCGUCACACCCUUCAAUAAUUUCCGCUACAACUCCGAUUCUGCGAACCUUGCCCAGCAUGGCAUACAUCCACGAUAUCAGCAUUUCCUGGUUAAUCUCCCUCAACUGCUCGGACCGGCGACGCCAUUUUUGUUCUUCUUGCGCAGGGCGCAUAUUUCCAUGAUUCUAGUCUCAGCCAUUUCUGGCGUUGCCCUUCUGAGCAUCUUUCCACACCAAGAAGCUCGAUUUCUACUACCCGCCGUACCACUGAUACUAUCCUCGAUACGUAUACCUACUCCGCGCAUUGGGAAAAGCUGGAUCAUCACCUGGGUUGUCUUUAACGUCGCUUUCGGUAUCUUAAUGGGCGUGUACCACCAAGGUGGCAUUGUACCGGUUCAAAUGAACAUUGCCAAAACGAACGAGACAGUCUCUCAUGCGUUCUGGUGGAAGACUUACAGUCCUCCAACCUGGCUACUAAACGGCAAGAACGAGGAACUACAGACCGUAGAUCUGAUGGGCUGUCCAGCGGAAGAGAUGAUUGAGAAAGUCAAAGAAGCACUACCACCCUGUCGGACGCGGAAACCACCAAAGGUUGAUCGUGGCGCUGUUUACGUAGUAGCACCACGAUCAGCACAUGCUCUAAUACCGUAUCAGAGCCCAAAUACAUCAACAGAAGUCUCAUUACAGGAAGUUUGGAGCUAUCGAAAGCAUCUGAACCUUGAUGACAUGGACUUUGCCGACGACGGCGUCUGGAAUACCAUUAGUCGCGUUGUCGGCGAUCGGGGACUGGUAGUCUGGCGAGCUACGCGCAAUUGCUGGUCUACAACUGAAUAA